UGCGCGCCACGCCGGCAAGCCAAGCAACCAAGAAUGGAGCAUCAGCACCACGACAUCACGGACGCUGGCCAUCGUACGCCAGAACGCGCCUCGCGUGCUCACACUUCUUCACAAACAAAGACAGCUGAUCGUGAAUCAUCGUCGUUGGAUGGGCACUUAACCGGUGCUCAGCGAAGGUGUUACAUCUGUGGCGAUCGUUGGUUUGCCUCGGAACCGGAACUGGACCAUCACCUCGAUCGGCGCCACGCUGGCGAUCUGUUGCCGUACCGGUGCGCGACCUGUGGUGUCGAUGGCUUCGUACCGAUCCGAUCGAUGCGCGCUAUAAAUAGACACUUCGGACUGCACGACAUCCAGGAGCGGCCGCACGGUUGUGAUCUCUGUGCGUUGCGUUUCCGCACCGAACGCAAUCUGCAAUCGCACCGCCGUCUCUACCAUGCCGGUGGUGAGCGAAAUGUGAAAAUGGACAUUCCGGUGACAUCGGAUACGCAGCAGCAGCAGCAGCAACAGCAACAUCGUCUUCAUCGGCUCCAUCAAUCAGUACUGCGUCAGCAGCAACAGCAACAGCAGCAGAAGCGUCGAUCACCGGCAGAUUGGCGACGGUUCCAGUGUUGCCACUGUGGCGCCAUUUAUAGUGCCCGGAAUGCGCUGAAACGCCACGAGAACACGCACACCCUCGGGGUGACGUAUGCGUGCCGGGAAUGUGGCAAAAUAUUCGCCAAACUCGACUGCCUCACGCAGCACACCCGCAUCCACAGCCGUACACGACCGUACGGUUGUGAGCUGUGCGGCAAAACGUUCAUCCAGCUUGGCCAUCUGCGUAUCCACAUGCGAGGGCACACCGGUGAACGGCCACAUGUCUGUGCCAUCUGCAAUCGAGGCUUUCGGCACAAGCAGGCCCUUACGGUGCACGGGCGGAUCCAUUCCGGUGUCAAACCGUUCCGGUGUGUCGUGUGUGAGAUUAGCUUCACCGAUGCCAGCACACUCCGGAAGCACGGUGCCGUCCAUCGAAAAGGAGCUCGGACGUCCGUCAGCGACAACAGAUAGAUCGAUCGGCAUCGGUUGAUCGGCUUGAAGCAGUCACUUUGGCUAAUGGGCUGAUGAGGAGAAACAUCUUCAUCUCGCCAAAAGAAAUCCCCAUACCAGAUUGUGCAUGUGUUUGUGAGUGUUUGAUUAAAUACGAUUUAAAUUCCAAUCGACCGCCAGCCGGAUAAUGCUAAUGCAUUCUCCUUCCGCAAUGGUCGAGCACAGCGACCACGGAGAGUUCUUCUUGCUGCUGCUUGUAUCUUUCUGAACUGAACAAACGGCAAUCGUAUUGCGGUGAAAUGGAAUUAGUUUAAGAAUAGACACCGGAGCGUGUGUGCGAGCGAAGGCUAAACUCCAUGGACCGUGGCCGCAGCUCAUGAAGCAAACUAAGGAAAGUGAUGCAGAAGGAAAACUCUUUCUCGCGGCUCUAGCUGCCGUGUGUUUUCAUUCACAGAAGUGCCCGUCUGUUUUACCAUCAUGCUCCGUUGCUCCUACCCACAACACUACUUCAUCUUCAACCCCCAAUCGAAUGGUCACCAGAGUGUCGGGAGUGUCUCCGCGUGCAACGGUUGGAACGGUGCCAUCAUGGUGCACGGAUGUUCGCAUUAGCGAACGAGACGUUGACGAAUCGUGCAUCGUUGGCAUGCGCGAAUCGGAACGGUUUGACCAAGGUUGACCGCGCGAGAUGCUAUCGGCGCAGUAGCCCCGGGGGGAACUGCUGAAUGUCGGCGAGAGAAAGAGAGAGGGGGUUUUGUAGUGUUUGGUAAAGUGGUUAGCGCUUCCUGAGGCACGAUGGAUGGAACGUCUCGUGUUUUGUUAUCGUGUGGUGCAAGUUUAGCUUGAUGAAUCUUUACUGGGAACACAAGAUUCGCGCAGUGGGAGACCAAACGUUUGUAAAUGUUGUGACCGAAUGGCCUAUGUAUACGUCCAUUUAACGUUAAAUGUGCUACCACUCGCA